CCUGUGCCCACGGCGGUGGAAAAAAAGCAGUUUUUCCCCUCACCCACAGCCCGCAUGGCCGCUGGCCCUCCCACAGGAUCCGAUCCCACCAUUAUCCAGCCCAGCGCCGGUGCCCACCGCGGCAUGGCCGCCCCGCGCCUCCAGCGCCUUCUCCUCCGCCGCAUCCCGCACGGCCGCCGGCCCCCCAGCAGGGAUCCCAUCCCACGAACCUAUAGCCCAGCAGGUGCUCACCGAGCCAUGGCCGCCCCGCGCCUCCACCGCCUCCUCCGUCGCCGGACCGCCUCUAACGCCUCCCGCACGGCCUCCGGCCCUCCCGCAGGAUCGGGUCCCACCACCUCCAGCCCAGCGCCGGUGCUCACUGUGCCAUUUCCACCCCGAGCCUCCAUCGCCUCCUCCUCUGCCGGACCGAGUACCGCCGCCACUUCCAGGCUAGCGCCAGUGCUCACAGCGCCAUGGCCGCCCGUCCACCACCGUGCGUUGUCCGAUGUGUGUCGUUCGUCUCCUGAGCGCUCGGACGCGGACCGGGCGCGGUUCCGUCGCUGCUGCCGCAGGUGCUCCACUGCCGUCAUCAUUGGCCAGGAACCCGGUUUUAUCCACGUCUUCCCCAGGGCAACAGAGCCGCAUUUACUUCACUGCUUCUGACUAUGCUUCUCGAUGUGAGCUGAUGUAACCGUUGUUCUUCAGUACGGUAAUUUUUAGCUUCCAGCACUAACCAGAUGGCCCAGACUUUUAUCUUAUUAAUUAAACGGUUCAACUAAAAAGCAAAAAAACCCUUCUGCUGCACGAUCUCCACAAGUAACUGAUUGACUCUUCACUUCAUCUCCCCACGAUCUCCACAAGUAGCUGAUGUAUUCCCAUUUAAAUUGGGUGCUCCACUACACAUUUCAUUCCCAUCGUCCAUCAUAGUAGUCAUACAGCUACCCCUAGUGAGCAAAUCCCUCCCCUACCCUCGUGCACAUUCCCUCCGACAUAUUUGCUGGUUGAUCACAACUUUGGACUUCCUCAGGUACUGGACAAAAUUGGACACCCAGCCUCCCAUCGUGGUUGUUCAUUCCAUGUUGCAUACCUAGGAGCCUUCAGUUGACGGCUAUUGUAGGCCCACUACUAAUUUCAACAGGGAAUAGGUAUGGCGCCUUGUUUGGAUGGCGAGCUAACUUCAACGUCUGGUGGAGGUUGGUUCCAGUUUUAUUUGCACAGAAGUCCCAUGUUGUCUUCCUUUCAGAUUGGGAGUGGAACAGGCGGGUGGAGACGCCGGCCAGUUACAUUAGCAGGGAGCCAUUGGUGGGGUUUGGUAAGGUAUGCUGAUCAUGGUCAAAGCAGAUCAAUCCGUCCGCAUGUUCCAGUGCAGAUCGAUAGCUGAAGCACCACCACAGGAAAUUAGAAGGUCCCCUUGCCUCAGUACGUAUUAUAUAUUGGGUCCUUUGCCCUUGUCUCAACGAUUCAAGAAAUAAUUCUACAUGAAGGAUCAAGAAACGAUGAUUUGUCAUUCAUUGGGGAAAAUAUGAAUAAAGACUAAAAGGUUGUUAUGCUAAGACGAUUCUGGCUGAUAGUUCAAGAAAGACUAAAAGGUUGUUAUGCUAAGACGAUUUUGUGUUACUAAGGUGUUAAAUUAAUCGUAGUUUGUGUUUUGUGUGGAGACAUGUUUCGAUCUACGUAUAUAGUAUAUCCAUUUGUUUUACCAUAUUUUUUUGACUAAUGAAUGUUUUAUCCAUGCAUUUAAUACAAAUUGUAACGAACUGUGA